CAUGGAUAUUCGACUAACGAUUUCUAUGCAUCAUUAUUGGACGACUAAUUAAACCAAACCCACACAAUUCAUGUAGAUUAGAUUUUCAAUCCAAUCCAUUCUAGAGUACACCCUUUUAGUCUUAUACAUCAUUUCAACAUAUCAUACUUCUAUUGAAUUAAGUUUCUUCAUUUCUUGAUCUUCUUUUCAUUAUCAAGUACUUUCAACUGAAUACCAAUUACUCACCAUGGCGUUUGAAGGGAUUGUUGCUAAUGGUGUAACAGAAAUUUUGAAGAAAUUGGUUCCGGUUGUUGCUCGAGAAAUUAGUCUGGUGAAAGGGGGAACCGCUUGAGGAUCAAGGCUCGUGAUUUCGGUUCAUCUGCCAACCCACUUGCUUUUCGUUUCAAGAUGGCUAGGAAAAUCAAACAUAUAAAUCAGAGGUUAGCUGAAAUCACCGAAGAUAUGAGUAGGUUUCACUUGCAAACUACACCUGCUAGCAAUACUGUUACUCUUCCUGUUGAAAACAGUGAGCACCGGAGCCGAGAAACCGCACCCUGUAUUAAUGAAUCAAACAUUAUAGGGAGGGAGGAUGAAAAGGAGAAAAUAGUAAACAUGUUAACCAAAGUCAUACCAUCAUCAGCAACACCAUCUGCUUCUGAUAGAAAUAUGGAAAAGGUCUCUGUGGUUUCCAUAGUUGGUAUGGGAGGUCUAGGCAAGACAACUCUAGCUCAGCUCGUCUACAAUGAUGAGAUGGUAAAUAAACUUUUUGAGUUAAAAUUGUGGGUCCAUGUCUCUCAAGAAUUUGAUGUGGAAAAGCUCUUAAUAAAAAUUAUGGAGUCCUCCACUGAGAACAAGUUUGAUUCUCCGUCAAACUUUGCUGUACUGGUAAGUAAAGUUCAGGAACAACUAAAUGGGAAGAGAUAUUUGCUAGUUCUUGACGAUUUCUGGAACCAGAACCCUGAGCAAUGGGAUAGACUCUACAGCCCGUUGCUUGUCGGGUCUCAAGGGAGUAAAAUUUUAAUCACUAGUCGUAAAGCUCAGGUGGCAGAUAUGGUUAAGGGGAGUAUUCCUCCUUACAAAUUGGAAAAGUUACAAGAUGAUGAAUGUUGGUCUAUCAUGGAGAAGAGAGCAUUUUCUCCCGGUGGAGCAGUAAAGACUCCAACCAUGACAAGCAUUGGAAAAGGAAUAGCAAAAAAAUGUAGUGGCGUACCGCUUGCAGCAAAAAUCUUGGGAGGUCUCAUGCGCUUGAAAAAUAAAGAAGGCGAUUGGUUGUCAAUUCAAGAAAUUGAUGUUUUGAGUACAAGAGAAGGUCAAAGCGAAAUCAUACCCAUACUAAAGUUGAGCUAUGACAACUUGUCGUCUGAGUUGAAACAAUGUUUCUCCUACUGCUCUAUAUUUCCCAAAGGUAGGGAGAUAAAUAGAGUAACACUGAUUCAGCUGUGGGUAGCAGAAGGAUUUCUCGACACUUGUAAUGUGGGAAGCAGAAGAUCAAUUGAAGACAUCGCGGAUGAAUACUUUGAGAGUUUGGUAUCGAGUUCAUUUCUGGAUGGUGCGGAAUGGAGCAUAUUGGGUGACAUAAAGACGUGCAAGAUGCAUGAUCUCGUCCAUGAUCUUGCAAAAGCUGUUGCCGGGGAUCAGGAAUUGGCGUCUCUGAAGGUGAGUGAGUUGAAUAAUACUUCUGAAAUACGUCGGUUACAGUUAAUAUUGGAUGUGGAUUUAUCAUCAACAGAAUUUCUGAAAAGCUUAAGUAACGCGAAGAAGUUGCGGACACUUUUUAUCCCUGAAGGUUCAAACCUGGUAGAUCCUUCUAUUUUCUCAGAAAAUAAGCACUUACGCAUCUUACAUGUGGGUCCUUCACCUAUUCCUUCUUAUCCAAAGUUUCCUUCUUUAAGUUUCAAGCUGAGACAUUUAAGGUACCUUCACCUUACCUCCAUUUAUCUUAGAGAAGUAGAGAAUGAUCAGUCCAUCAAUAAACUUUAUAGUUUGGAGACAUUGGUAUUGAAUAACAUAGGUGGUCGGGUUCAAAAUCUUCUUACAAACAUUCAAUCAUUAAAAAAGCUCAGAUACCUUGAAGUCUCAUGGACGGAUAUGGUAGAACUACCUGAUUGUGUCACCAGCCUUUGUAAUUUGCAGAGGUUGGAUCUCAACCAUUGCGAAUUAAAAGUCAUUCCUGACUCUAUUUCUGGUCUGAAAUCUCUUAGAAUUUUAAAUCUGUCAGUCAACCCUUUUGAAGAAUUACCUGUUUCUGUCACCACCCUCUCCAAUCUGGAAACAUUAGAUGUCAAUACCUGUAAAAAUCUAAAAGCCUUACCAGAGUAUGUGGCAGGUCUUUCUAAAUUGAGAUUAUUUGAUUUCAAAAAGUGUCCAUUGCUUAGAGAAUUACCCAAUGAUUUUGGAGCUUUGACUCAGUUAAGAUCUUUUGACAUAAAUGGUACUGAGAUAAAAGUACUACCAGAGUCUUGUGUUAACCUCAACAACCUUGAGUUUGUGAACCUUAACUUGUGUGAGGUUCCCAAAGAUGUAAAGAAUUGGGCAAAAUUGAAAAGAUUUUAUUAUCUACGGCGAAAUCCAAUACUUGGUUUAGGGCAACUAAUUUUCCUUGAAAAGUUGCUUUACCCUGUACCAGAAAAACUAAACACAGAAGCCGAAGGUAACGAAGGUCUUGAAGAGUUAGGGAAUCUAAACUUUCUUGAAGUGCUGUUUAUCGCGAAUCUUGAGAAUGUGAAAGACCCGGUAGAUGCUGAGAGGGCGAAUCUGAAAGGAAAACAUAAUCUUCGUGAAUUGCAUCUGUAUUGGGACGAGAAUUCGUGUAAUUUUCAAGUAUUUGAAGCUCUCCAACCUCCCAAGAGUUUGAGACAAUUGGUUAUUCAUAACUUCAUGGGGUCGGACCUUCCCAUGUGGAUGUGUGGAUCUGGUAUUCCAGAUUGGGAAAAUUAGGCUCAGGCCCAACCCAUGGAUAACCCAUAAUAUGAGGCCCUUAAUUAAAAAAAAUUUAAAUCUAGGCCCCGAGUUUUUAAAA